AUGUAACUCAUAAGUACAGGAUUCUGAUUAAAUUAAGAAGCUCUCACUUAAUAACACAAAUUCAAUAGUAAGUAAUAUAAAAAGUAAUUAAAAAUACAUAGUUUUUAAGCUCAAAAAAAUCAUCAGAUUCAAACCUGUUUGUAUCAGAAUCUUCAUUCAACUGAGAAACUACUGGCAAAAGAUUAUUUACUUAGCAAAUAUUCUAUGAAAUAAAUGAUUAGAUGA